GCAGUGUAGAUUACUGUGUAUACUUUUCUGUGCUGUAGAUAAAUGGAAAGUAUAUUUAUGCUGUGGUCGGCGGUCUCAUGACAGAAAAGAAAGUUAAUAGUGGGUAAAAAUACUAACAUCAGAAAUGGCAGACGGUCUUGCUAGAAUUCUUGCUAAACCUGGAUUCGAUCCAGAUCAAUUUAUUGCCAAGCUUUCCAGUAGUGGUGAAGAUGCUUUGCUUGAAAUGAAAACAAGAGUUCACAUACUAAAUGAUGAAACGGCACAAGCACUUAAAAAGAAUGUCUAUAAAAAUUAUUCUCAGUUCAUUGAAACUGCUAGAGAAAUUUCCAUUCUGGAAGGAGAGAUGUAUCAGUUGAGUCAUAUGCUUGCCGAUCAGAAAUCUCUAAUGGGCUCAAUGAUGGAGAUGUCAUUGGUUAGUGAUAAGGCUUAUGUCCACGGCCUUAAAGGAGAGGAAGAUGUAAAAGUGAGUCCCGAAGAGGAAACAAGAAGAAAUUUGGCCUUCCUGUUAGAGAAAGUUGAAGGCUGUUCAAGCGUAGCUGAUGUGCCAGGUAGACAGUUGGUGCAUGAUGGGGAUUUAGUUGAACUUGACACAGAAACACAUUCACAGAUUCAGCGAGUUCAUGCUUUUCUACUUAAUGACAGCUUAAUGAUAGCAACAUGGAUACCCAACAGGAGAGGACCAAUGCGUUACAGAUUUCAAGGUUUAUAUGAACUGGACAGUUUGGCUGUCGUAAAUGUCAGGGACACUGGACCAAUGAAGAAUGGGUUCCAGAUUCUGAUGUUCCCUGAGUCCCACAUGUACCAAACAGACACUGCCAAAGCUAAGCGCCAGUGGUUAGAUGCUUUAGAAGAUACAAAGAAGAAAAAGGCUGUGAGAGAUAAACAGAAGAAAGAGGCAGCCAUGAGGUUGGCUGAACAGCAGUUACAGGCUGCAUUAGCAUCACCAGGGGAAUCUGAUCUAUCCAAAAGUUUUCAUGAUGACACAGAGGAACCUGUUGCAAUGGACAGAGAUUUUCUCUCUGUUGAUUGGUUACAAGAGUUGCCAGAAGAUUUAGAUAUGUACAUAGCUCAGCGUAACUUUGAGGAUGCUGUAGAUCUAGUCGAGAAAGUGUAUGAUUUUUUAACGGAAUGCCCAAAAGGACCUGCACUAAAAGAAUUUAGAGCGAGGAUAGAGCACAGGGUAAAACAACUGACAGACAGUCUGAUGAAUGAAUUGCAAGUCUCCCCAGAAAGAUCACUUAGAGGGGGUCCAAGGGCCGCAAGAAGAGCUGUCACUCAGCUUAUUAGGCUAGGCAAAUCUGCUCAGGCUUGUGAGCUUUUCUUGCGAAACCGCAGUGCUAUCAUCAAGUACAAUAUAAGGCAAUUGAAAUUCGAAGGGGCAACAACAUUGUAUAUACGCUGUUUGUGUGGUGUUUUUUUCUCUUCCCUGUCGGAUACAUCUAAAGAGUUCAUCAAAGCGUUUCCUGGCCACUAUGGUUGCUUUUCAUCUUUUGUGAUAUGGUCUAAACAAGAACUAGAGUCGUUUGUCAGUAUUUUCAAACGUCAGGUGUUUGAAAGUAAGGCAAGUCUCACAACUAUAGCAGAUUGUGUUGUGCUUGCCAAAAACCAUUGCGAAGAGUUGAGUGCUAUUGGGCUGGACAUGAAAUUCUGUCUGGCAAGUCUGUUGGAUAUCUCAGUCCAGAAUGUCAUAGAGGAGACCAGAGAUCAGCUGAUAGAAGGGAUCAAAUACAGAUGCAAUGAUGAUCAGUGGCGCCCUAUGAAUCACCUUUCACAAGCAGACUGUGAGAAAUAUGUCAGUGAGAUUGCUGUACAGGGAUUUGAUAUUAAACCUUAUGUUUAUGAUAAAUGUUUUAUAGCUACUACAAUGAACUCAAUUCAAUUCGCCAAAAACAUUACAAUAUUUGCUGAAGAUCUGUUAAAGUUGUUUACAAGUGACCUUGAAGAUGUGAUAGCCAAUGCCAUUGCUGAAGUCUAUAGGUCUCACCUAGCACACAUUGAGAGUUCGUUAAAAUCUGAGAAAUUUAGAAAAGAGCAAACUUUGAUUCUUAAGAAUGCUCAGUUCCUCCUUGAAGCAGUCAUGGGGAAAAUAGAGUCAUUGUACACUGCCAGCGAUAUUCACUUUCCUAAUCAACUCCAGCAACUGAAUGCUUAUUAUCGCAAGUUGAAAUCUAUGGUCAGCAAGUGAUUAGUGGAUCUAUAGUUUGUGAACUUUUUGAAAUAUCUACACCUUUAGAAGGAGCCUCAGGAAUGAAUAUUUAAUUUGAUAACAGUCAUGUUAAUUAUUGGGAAUUAAGUUUUACUAAACAAAAAAUACCAAUUCCCAUAAUUCUGUUAAAAUAUCUUUGGUUUGAAAUAUUAUACAACUAAGAAAUAAUUUGUGAAUGGUAUUUAAACAGGUUUUCUGGUGGCUAAAAGUUUUUAAAAACGUAUGUGACUGGUAUCAGUUGCCACUUACAUUUAACUCUGUACCACCCAAAAAGUCGCAUUAUGCAAGUUAAUUUUAUUAAUGUUGUAGUAAUUUAUUUUUCCUGACAUACUAACACAGGAGACUUAUAAGAACAAAUGAAGGCCUAAAUCUAUGUUAUUUACUCUUCAUUAUAAUUUAUCAUUCUUUUGUUCAUUAUUCAUGAUCAUUGUAUCACACAGUAAUCAUUGUAACAUCACAUAAUAGUUAUUAUUAUAUCUUUCAUUACCAUUAUUAUUUAUAAUAAUAUCACUCACUCAUUGUAAUUACAUUACUAGCCACAAAUGAUUUAAAAAACUGAUCUAGGGUAAGUAUAAUGAAUUAUUUUAAAGCUAUAAAUGAAUAUACACUCAAUUGAAAUGUGAGAAGGGAGAAACCAUCUGCUCAUUUUUUCAUCUAAAAAGUUACCAAUACUUCAAUACCUCCCCCUCCUGGUAAGGUAAUUGUUUUGUUACAUGUGUGUAUCAAUUUAAAAGGGUAUUUCCUGCGAUGUGCUGGGUGCUAUUCACAGCAGGGGGAUACUAGUAUCAGUGACAAAUGGUUAUUCAAAGGGGUUUUUUGUGUCACCAUUUUUGACCAAAGCUUUAUCAACCAUUUUGAUCCCCUGGUCACAAUUAAAUCAACACAUCUUUGUUUGUGUUAUUUGUUAGUUCUAGUGAAUGACUCGGUUUCAGUCCACCAAGUAGGGAUACUGCACUCUAGAAAUUGUUGAAUGGUGAAAAGACUUACUACAUGAGUUGUUAAUAGAGUUAAUUGUUUUUAUGUAAUCCUUACACAUCUGGGGGUUGAACAAAUUAAUUUUUCUACUUAGUAUCUUACCACUUAAAAACAGACCCCCCCCCCUUCAUAAAAUACUUUUUGAAAAUGUAUUUGUUCUCCACCACUCCCAUUACAUUACAUGCUAAAUAAUUUUAUGUUGAAGAUUUUCAAAAUUUUAUUGCGGGUUCAAUGAGAUUUAGAGGUAAAAAUGAACAUGAUGUUACUGAUGUAUUUAAAAAAAGUGAUAGGUAGAUAUUUAAGGAAAAGUAAACAUGAUAUUACUUAUGUAUUUUUUUUUUUAAAAAAGUUUAUGUGAUAGG